AUGCAUACCCAAAGCCACCAGAGCUACGCCAGCCAGUACUCCAACUGGUCCCACAGCACCGCCCGGGACACUCAGUCCAGCGCUGCCACCUCGACCUCGACCCUCUUCAAUCCCCCCUUCCCGACCGCGACGCCCGUCAACAAUGGCGGCCCAAUCGAGGCCUCCGACAGUGUCCUCAACAGGCGGGCCGACAAGGAUACCUCGCUUUUCCAGAUCUGCCUCAACUUGCAGACACGUCUGAGGAAGGUUCCUGGCUUCGGCCACUGGCUGGUGGACGAGACUGCAGAUGCCGACGACGACACAGAUCCCGUUACUAUCCUCUGGCGGACGUUCAGACGGGGUUAUCCUUUGAUGGACAUCUACAAUGCCCUUAACCCGGGAAGCCCUCUGGUGGUGGACGAAGGCAGGAUUCCGGAAAAGAAACGACCACAAGCUGCCACUUUCAAGUUCAUUCAAGCUUGCAUGAAUGAGUUCAAGUUCCCGGCAGCUGAGUGCUUCAUCAUUACCGACCUAUACGGUGACGACACGACUGGAUUUGUAAAGGUCGCCAAAGUUGUCAACCGCGUUCUCGACAUCCUAGUCCAGUGCAAUGUGAUAAGCGAGGAGGAGGAACGCUUUGAUGAAUCAAACGCACCGGGCGUGAAGCGCACCCAGCGGCAACAUAUUGUGGAUGAAAUGGUCAAGACCGAGCGAACAUACGUGCAGCAUCUUGAGCUGCUGCAGGCUUUCAAGACGGAGGUUGAGAGGCGAGGAAUCGUCACUGGUGACUGCAUUCACGACAUCUUCCUGAAUCUAAACGCCCUGCUGGACUUCCAACGACGGUUCCUCAUCCGCGUGGAACAGACGAACGCACAGCCCGAGGAAGAACAGAACUGGGGAAAGCUUUUUGUCCUGUACAAAGACGCUUUCAAGGUGUAUGAGCCUUAUAUCGCAAAUCAGAAGAAAUGCGAGGAUACGGCCACUCGGGAGUUCGUCAAACUAAAAGACACCGGUGGUUCGGAUGAACUGCGUCAGAUGGUCGAGUCGAGCACUGUUCUAACAUCUUUCCUUUUGAAGCCUUUCCAGCGACUAGCCAAAUAUCCUCUACUGCUCAAGGAAUUGCGCGACAAAGGCGAUCUCGAUGAUUCUCGGAAACAGGAUAUCUCAAAUGGAAUCGAAGCAGCAUCAUCAGUGCUCCAGCGGACGAAUGCAGCUAUUGAUCGUGAAGAGCGGCUUGAGGCGGUUGAAGAGCUCAGAACCCUUGUCGAGGACUGGAAAGGCCAUCGUAUUGAAGGCUUCGGAGAACUAUUGCUUUACGGUACCUUCACCGUGCUAAAAGGCGAGAGUAUAAGCACGAAGAAUGAGGAACGAGAGUAUAAGAUUUAUCUUUUCGAGAUGAUCCUUCUUUGUUGCAAGGAACAAAAUCCUAACAAACAGAAGAAUCGCAUCACGAACAAGUCUCUAACAAAUAGCAAAGGCAAAGCUAAAUUGCAAUUGAAAGGUCGGAUUUUUAUGCAAAACGUCACAGAAACUAUCUCGAUAUCAAAACCAGGCUCAUACACCUGCCAGAUAUUCUGGAAGGGAGAUCCUGGAAUCGAGAAUUUCGUCAUCAGGUUUCAAUCCGAAGAGACCAUGAAGAAGUGGGCCGCUCAAGUCGACGGACAACGGCGAGUGUGGAGAGACCACGCCAGGAGCAGCAGUAGAACGAACACAAGCGCCUCUGCGACUGAGUUCACGUUCAUGCAGAAUCAGCCGAACCUCGUAAAUCCUUACGCGGAAGAGGAAGAGGAUGACGAAGAGGAGCCCGAGGACCAUGGUGCCGCUACUCCAGCCACUCAAGAAGGCUAUGCCAUCAGGUCCAAUGGUUCCAGUGUCAGCCUGCGAUCCAGGUCAACAACUGGUGAUAGCGGUCCUCCAAUGGCGGAGGCAGAUCCGAGGGUACCUCCACCUAGGUUCCCAAUGGGUUAUGAGUCCCAACCUGCGCUAACCCUUCGAACUCAGCAGCUCGCUGGUGCUACUACACCUGGAACGCAUCCAGAAUCGUUCUUCUCGCCCACUGUUGAUUCGCCAAUAUCAUCCCGAACAAGCUCAUCCUCGGCCGGCAUGUUCCCGUUCCCUCGCCAACAAGCGCCUCCCAAUGCCUGGCACGGGGAAGAUAGCAACCGCUUCACUGCACCAGCAAUGGCACGACAAAUGUCUCGAGAGGGAUCCAUGGGUCCCGGUGCCUACCCAGGAGGUCGUAACAAUGCUAUGCAGAGACCCUCUUUACCUCCCAAUGCAGGCUCACAGCACAGCGCGGUUAUAGCGCAGAACAGAAUGAGGUCGGCGAGCAGUCCUGAUAUCCAUAAUCCUCUCAGACAAGGUCAACGCCAAAAUGGGCAACAGCCUCCUGUUCCAGAACUUCCACCGUUCCCAACCCACUACGCAUAUGCACCUGGAAUCGUCAACCGAAGUCAGAACAACUCUCCAAAUAGUAUGCCGCAACCGCAACGAGCUGCCACACAGUCGCCGAACAUCGCACGAGAACGCUUCCCACAGCAGCCACGUUCCCAAACAGAGAUGGAGCCUUCUAAUGGUUCCAAUCGGUAUGAUCCGAGGCACGUUCCAAUGCCCCGGACCAUGACCCCCGCGUCUUCGUUUGACCGGACCAUGACACCAGCCUCUGUGGAUUCGCGAACGAUGUCCCCCCCUCUGCCUCAAUCACAAGAUGUCCAAAUUCCAUCGCAACUGAAAGUCAAGGUGCAUUGCCCGUCAGCGGGAAGCACUAUGACUCUAGUCGUGAGCACAAAUAUUAGUUUCCAGUCGCUGAAGGACCGAAUCGAUGCGAAGCUUCAGCGGUCCACCAACGUGUCACUCAGUGCAGGCCAAGUCAAGCUGAAGUACCUCGAUGAGGACGACUAUGUCAGCAUACAAUCCGACGAGGACGUCCAGACGGCGUUUGAGACAUGGAAAGAGCAGCAGCGGGAUCAGAUCAUGGCGGGACAAUUAGGAGAGAUCGAGCUCUUCUGUCAACGUUGA